CUGCGUCUCGAGACAGGGGCAAAAAAUUCUAAAUUAAAUUUAAAACUAUUAGAUCUUGAAAGCUUGUCUUAUGAGGACUGAAAACCCGAUACGAUGAAGGCUGCAUAUUUCUUUAUUUGCAUGUGCAUCUUUGCAUCAGAGUUGAUGAAUGAAAUAUCUGCAUUCAGAGUUUGUGGCGACACGGAGCAGAAUGAGCAAGUUGAGCCCGCAGUGAAGGAAAUCGUAAAACGUUUAAUGGAAGCGAGAACUCCAGACUGGGGAUGGGAAACAUUUUCUACUGUUAUUACUUUACAAGUUUCUGCUCCAGAAAAAUUCUUUGCUCGAGAUUUGACGACACAUUUGCUGAGAGAAGUUGUCGAAUACGACUGGGAUUAUCUCGACGUUCUCGAUCUUGCAGAAUUCUCGUUCGCUGCCAGAGCUCUGUGUCUCGAUCCCGAAAAAAUCAGUGGAAAAGAUCUUUUACGAACAAUCAGCAAUGAGAUUGGCGCCUACUUAGAUAAUUCAACUACCAUUGAACAAGACUUUAUUGGCGAAUACUCUCUUGUUCUGAGCGCUCUCUGCAUCAACCACUAUCAUAUUGAAAAGCGUUUCGUCGAUAAAUUACUGGAAAUGCAAAAUUCAGAUGGAAGUUUUGGAGAACCUGACUUUGCACUUGACGACACUAUCUGGAUUCUGAGACCGUUUCAAUGUUUAACCCAAAUGACGGAUACGACGUACAACGUUACAAAAGUUAAAGAAGUCGUCAAGAAGAUGCGAGAAUAUAUCAUAAAGAAUAUACAUAAGACACGGAAAGGAGAAGUUUACAUCGGAGAGGACGAAGCGAUGUCAAAUGAUGCGAUCAUUGGUCUGUGGUAUUCAAAGCAACCUAACGAAAGCACUUCAAGAUGGUAUUGCGAUGAGGCCAUGAGAACGAUUGGGAUUCACCCGAAAAAAGGUGAAGAUGAAGAAACGUUAGGUCAAAGGUUGUUACGCAUCACUGCUUCUGACUAUUUGGAAUUGCACGACAAGAAUUACAAAUGCCUGAAUGCAAAGGACAUUGCUCCUAUACCAAAAGGGUACCGACCCAUAUGUGACUAUACAAGACCGGAUACGUGUGGUGGUGUAGUGCCAAAGAAGAGACGAAAGAGAUCGGCCUUCUAUCGAAUGCUGUAAUCAGUAAUCAAAAAGUAUACAAUUAAUCAAAUCAGUGUUCCCAGAAAAUUGUCACCUUUUUCUGUAUAUUAUUGUGUACUUUUUGAUAAAAAUUUGUA